AUGUUGCCUAAACUCUCGUACUCCCAGUUUGCGCUAAGGAAGACUUUUUUGGCCGGUGUUUGCUAUAAGAGAUCUUACAAUAUCAACAACCAACUUGCAACGAUCCAUCUUUAUACUGCAAUCAGAUUGCCGGAGGUAAUCAUGAACAAUGUGAAUUUGGGAAGGCAGAAAAAAGACGAUUUUGCAUCGGAUGCAUUCAGCUCUGAUGACUCGGACUUUUUUGGAUCCCUAAGUGAUUUCGAGCUCGAGAAAUUGGAUGAGAAGCUCGCACAAAAACCAUCGGGAAGUGACCAUAACCUAGAAUCUGUUGAACUAGCUAACCCCGCACAUAUAGAAACUAUUAGAAAAGACACAGGUUAUGACUCCAGCGAGUGGGUAUCGGACAAUAAUGACUUCGAUGACACUUUUGAUGAUCAGCUCGCAUUAGAUAACCAAAAUAAUGAGCCACAAACAGUUGGUGGACAAAGAAUAAGCUUAUCUCAGCGACUAUCACUUCUAGAGAAUAGUCAAGGGUUGAAUAAAAAUUCACAUUCCAUUACAAAUGUUCUAAAGAAGAGUCAAGCCGUUAACGUACUACUCCGAAACUCUUCAGGAAGUAGCUAUAAAGAACCUCAAAACCUAGAAACAGCAACUGCGAAGUUGGAAAGCAAGUCUGAUAAAGAAAAUCAAAUCGAAGACCUACAACAAAUAAUGGUGUCCGAGGACUUUGUUUCUGAUGCAUUUAGUGAUUCUCAAGGCUUAUCUUUACCCAACACAAUCGAUCCACAACAAAAAAACCCUACCAAGACAGAACCAGAAAAUAUUAAUCUACGAAAACCUUCUAGUGCUGGCGGUGACGAUCUCACACAGCCAAGAAAACAGAAUUUGAAUUUAACUCCAGGAACUCAAAAUGAUCAUGAAGGAAUCAACAUUGAUUUAACCGAUCCUUCGUCGCCCGAUGAUCAUCGGUGGAAAACUACGGGCAAAAGAUUUGUCAUCACGCGAUCGGAACAAAGUAUGGAAUCUCCAACAAUCCCUAUGGGACGCACAAGGGCACCAGUUAUUAUAUCUUCUCCAACCCAACAUUUAACUCAGCGACCUCUGGUAUCAUCGCCUUUGGCCAAUGGGAAAUCCGCCGCCUGUUUGGCAUCACGGAAGAUGUCCACCGCCACUAAUGAACUCCCUUCGUCGUUUGUCGCGGAAAUUGUCCUUAGUGAAGAGCAAAACAAGAUUUUGGAAAUUAUUAAACAAGGACAUAAUGUGUUUUAUACCGGCUCAGCAGGUACUGGUAAGUCGGUGCUUCUUCGUCAUGCCAUCAAAGAAUUAAGAAGUAUCCACGGCCAUGGUGCUGUAGCCGUUACUGCCAGUACUGGGCUUGCCGCUUGUAAUAUCGGGGGCACAACGUUGCACUCUUUCUCGGGGAUUGGAUUGGGAGAAGCCACUGCCAAACAAUUGAUUAAAAAAGUGAAGCGGUCGAAGAAAUCAUGUGAAAAUUGGAGAAGAACCAAAGUGUUGUUCAUCGACGAGAUUUCUAUGGUUGAUGGGAGAUUAUUGGAUAAAUUGAGCGAAAUUGCUAAAGCGGUGAGGAAAAGUCAGGAACCUUUUGGAGGCAUUCAAGUGAUUUUCUGUGGCGAUUUCUAUCAAUUGCCUCCGGUUUCCAAGAGAACUUACAACAUGAAAGGUGAUACCAAAGAAGAGGAUGCGAAUUUCGCAUUCACAUCAGAAUCUUGGAAAGAGUCUAUUAAAGUAAUGGUGAUCAUGACGAAAAUUUUCCGUCAAAAAGGUGAUUUAGAUUUCAUUGAUAUGUUAAACGAGAUGAGAAAUGGGGAGCUUUCCACUAAGACCAUCCAUAAUUUCUUACAACUUCGAAGGCCUUUGCCUACCGAUGAUGGAAUUGAACCGGCUGAAUUAUUCGCUACGAGAUAUGAAGUCGAUAGGGCUAAUAAUAGAAGAUUGAGCGUGCUUCCGGGCGAAGAAUACGUUUUUAAUUCUAUUGAUGGCGGUUCAAUGGUCAACGGAGAUUCUCGAGAAGCUCUAUUGAAUAAUUUUUUAGCUCCGAAACAAUUAAUCUUGAAAGCGGGAGCCCAAGUCAUGAUGAUCAAGAAUAUGGACGAAACUUUGGUCAAUGGCUCUUUAGGGAAAGUUAUUGAUUUCGUCGAUCCGGAUACCUAUUUUUUCUAUAAGAAGGUUGUGGAAGAUGAUGUUAGUGAUGAUGAGAAAUUCGAAGCUGCUGUGAAAAGACGGACCGAAAAACCAACAAAGUUUACGGAAAAGCAUAGACCUAAACUUUUGGAGACCAUGGAAGAGGAAGCCACCAAACAUGAAUUGGAUGAAUCGGUGUUUGAUUUUUUCAAAGUGAUGAAAGAAGACGAAAAUAUCGACCCGAUCCUCAAAGCUAACAUUGAUAGAAAGAAAAAUCUCAUUAAUAAACUAUACGAUGCCAGCAAGAAAAGAAGAUACCCGUUGGUGAGAUUUUUAGUGAAUGAUGGUAAUACCAGAGACGUUUUGGUCAAUCCGGAAACUUGGGAUAUCGAAGAUGAGAAUGAACAACCUUUAGUUUCUAGAACGCAAAUUCCGUUGAUGUUAGCCUGGUCGAUUUCUAUCCAUAAAUCCCAGGGACAAACGUUGUCUAAGGCCAAAGUCGAUCUCCGCAAAGUGUUUGAAAAAGGUCAAGCGUAUGUGGCAUUAAGUAGAGUCACCGCCAGAAAAGGGUUACAGGUGUUGAAUUUUGUGCCGACAAAAGUGAUGACUCACUUAUCAGUGAAAGAGUUUUAUGAUGCCUUGAUGAACCCCGAUCAAGCUUUAGAAAGAGCCCGUAAAUUGGCAGAAAGCCCGGCGUUUUCAAUGAAACAGUUUUACAAAAUGGAACCACCAAAGAAAAGGGAGGCGGCUCAGGAGGCUGGGAAAAGGGGUAGAAAAAAAAGGCUGCCUGCUCCAAGCACCGCCAGUCUUUUGAUCUUGAAUGAUUUGACGAGAUAA